GAAAUAUUAAUUAAAAAUAAAAGUAUUGCUAUAUUGACCUUGUUAUUUCCCAGACGUGCUUUCAACUUCAUAUUCCAUUCCCUAAGCACCACCACCACGUCUAUGGCACUUAUCAUAUAUUUACCACUUGCUCUGUUUCAACAAAACACACACAAUUAUGCCAUCACCAAAAACACUUCCAUCUAAAUCACGAAAUGUGGUUGCUCCAGCUAGCUCACCAUCCCGGUUACCUCCUACACCAGUUCUAUUACAACAACCAUCUCACAAAAAAGGUCAAUGGAAAUCAACAAAACUCUUCCGUCGUGUAAAAUCCGUUUUCCGAUCAUUCCCUGUAAUAAACCCUCCGUGCAAAAUGCCCGUUUCUAACCGGCUGCACGAAGGGCAUAUACAUGGAGGAAAACAGAUGACAGGUACUCUCUUUGGGUUUAGAAAAGCUAGAGUUAAUCUUGCAAUUCAAGAAAAUCCAAGAGGCGUUCCGUUGCUUGUACUGGAACUUUCAAUUCAAACAGGUAAACUUCUCCAGGAUAUGGGAUCUGGACUUGUGCGAAUCGCUUUGGAGUGUGAAAAGAAUCAUUCGGAGAAACUGAAAUUAAUUGAUGAACCUAUAUGGACUAUGUAUUGCAAUGGGCGAAAAGUUGGGUAUGCUGUAAAAAGAGGACCUACAGAAGAAGAUCUUAAAGUUAUGCAGAAUCUGCAUGCUGUGUCUAUGGGAGCUGGCGUUCUACCAACUGAGUCUUCUGAAGGAGAACUUACGUAUAUGAGAGCUUUUUUUGAACGAACAGUUGGAUCAAAGGACUCAGAGACUUAUUAUAUGAUGAAUCCCAAUGGCACCAGUGGUCCUGAGCUCAGUAUUUUUUUCGUUAGGAUUUGAUCAAAUAUAUACUAUCAUAAAAGAUUAAUUUUCUUGUCAAAGAAACAUAUAGGGAUCAAAGUAUUAAACUUGAAUGAAGAAUAUAAUUUUACAUCUAAUAUGUGUUUGGUUCG